AUGAUUGAGGAAAAAUACAAUACUAUGACUAGUUAUCAGAGAUUCUCCAACCUCAAUGAUAAAUUUGUGCCAAGGAAAUACAACUUCUCUCCUGAGAUGAAAAACCAAACUCACUCAUUCAGAUCAAGUUAGCUUAGUGAAUUGACUGGUACAACAUUAAAUUAGGUGAGAAAAAGUAAAAAGCUAGUUCAAGGUGAUGUGUAGAAGUUGCAUAACAGAAUUAGAAUGCUUCAGUUGGAAGAAGAAAGAGCUUUAAAAAAGAUAGAGGAAACCCGAAAAAAGGCUAAGUAAAUGCUCGAAGUAAAAGUGGCUAACGAAAAAAAGAGAAUUAAGUUAAAUAACUCUCAGACUCCAGUUAGAAACUAUAGAAACCUAGCAACAGCUUCAAUCUUGAACGAUGAAAAAGAAGAUCCUCACCAACUGCACAUGCUAUAACUGGAAAGAAGUUAGAAACGGAAAUAGGAAGAAAUCUCAAUGAUUAGAAAAGAGAAGAAACUUAUUUAAAAGCGUAAAUAGCAGAUUGAUAAAGCAUAUAUCAGGAAAAAUCAAGAAAGAAGAAAUGAGAUUUAAUAGUAGAUUAAAGAGGCUCAUGAUAGAGUUGAAAGCGAAAAGAAAAGAAAAUUAGAUGAGAAAUUAAAAAUGAAGGAGAAACUGAUACUGUCAGAAGCUAAAAAUAUUAAGAAAAGAGAAAAGGAGGCAAGACAGCUUGAGCUGUUAGAAGCAGAGAUAGUAUAGAGACUAAAAGAUACACAUCUGCAAUAAAGAGAAGCUAUCCAAGAAAUUGAGAAGAUAUUUAAAGGCAAUAAUAAUUGA